CCUGGUGAAGUAUCACCAACAGCUGCAUAUGAUUUUAACAAUUUCUGCCCAAAAAAUAAACCUUUUUAAACGAGGUGCAGCUUCGCCAAAACGUUGCCUUGCCACGUAACCAUAUGCCCUUUCCUCAUUAAAAAAAUGCUAUUUUAGGAUAUUAUGUUAGCAAGUUAAUUGAUUUGUGUCAAAAGAGCUAUCAACUGAGGGGGAGACAUUUUUUUCUCUCUUCUCAUUAUCAGACGACUGUUUCCCGCACUGUCUCCGCCUUAGAGCCAGCUAUUCUGGUCGAAACCAACCCAGUACCGUUUCAUCUUCUGAGGAGACCCGACUGACUGCACCGAAAUGGGGUAUGGACGGUCAGACAGCUACCGCGUGGCCACCACGCAGGACAAGGAUAAGAAGGAGUCGCCCAAAAAGAAGGGAGGCAAGGAUCUGGAUGAUCUCAAGAAGGAAGUUCCCAUAACGGAACACAAAAUGUCUGUUGAGGAAGUUUGCCGGAAAUACGCCACUGAUAUCGUCCAGGGUUUGACCAAUGCCAAGGCAGCAGAGUACCUGAUCAGGGACGGCCCAAACACUCUGACUCCACCCCCGACCACCCCCGAGUGGGUCAAGUUCUGUCGCCAGCUGUUCGGGGGCUUCUCCAUCCUGCUGUGGAUCGGUGCCCUCCUCUGCUUCCUGGCCUACGCCAUCCAGGCUGCCACUGAGGACGAGCCCGCUGGGGAUAACCUGUACCUGGGUAUCGUGCUGUCAGCUGUCGUCAUCAUCACCGGCUGCUUCUCCUACUUCCAGGAAGCUAAGAGCUCCAAGAUCAUGGAGUCCUUUAAGAACAUGGUCCCUCAGCAAGCCCUGGUGAUACGUGAGGGAGAAAAGAUGCAGAUCAAUGCUGAGCAGGUGGUGGCAGGAGACCUGGUGGAGGUGAAAGGAGGAGACAGGAUCCCCGCUGACCUCCGCAUCGUCUCCUCCCACGGCUGCAAGGUGGACAACUCAUCCCUGACCGGUGAAUCCGAGCCUCAGACGCGGUCCCCUGACGGCACCCAUGACAACCCCCUGGAAACCCGUAACAUCGCCUUCUUCUCCACCAACUGUGUCGAAGGAACAGCGCGCGGCAUCGCUGUCUGCACUGGAGAUCGUACAGUGAUGGGCCGCAUCGCCACCCUCACCUCAGGCCUGGAGACUGGCAAGACACCCAUUGCUAAGGAGAUCGAGCACUUCAUCCAAAUCAUCACAGGCGUGGCCGUCUUCCUCGGCAUGUCGUUCUUCAUCCUGUCAAUCGUCCUGGGUUACUCCUGGCUGGAGGCCGUCAUCUUCCUCAUCGGAAUCAUUGUUGCUAAUGUUCCCGAGGGACUGCUGGCCACCGUCACUGUGUGCCUGACGCUGACCGCUAAGCGUAUGGCUCGUAAGAACUGCCUGGUGAAGAACCUGGAGGCUGUGGAGACUCUGGGCUCCACCUCUACCAUCUGCUCCGACAAGACGGGCACCCUGACUCAGAACAGGAUGACGGUGGCCCACAUGUGGUUCGACAACACCAUCCACGAGGCUGACACCACCGAGGACCAAUCUGGCUCCUCCUUCGACAAAAGCUCCGCAACAUGGGUGUCUUUGGCCCGCAUAGCCGCUCUGUGCAACCGUGCUGUGUUCAAGGCUGCCCAGGACACUCUUCCCAUCCUGAAGCGCGAUGUAGCCGGCGACGCCUCCGAGUCCGCCUUGCUGAAGUGUAUCGAGCUGUCCUGUGGCUCCGUCAAGGCCAUGAGGGAGAAGAACAAGAAGGUGGCCGAGAUCCCCUUCAACUCCACCAACAAGUACCAGCUCUCAAUUCAUGAAACUGAAGAGGGAAACGAAAACAGCUACCUGUUGGUGAUGAAGGGAGCACCAGAGAGGAUACUCGACCGCAGCUCCCACAUCAUGGUGCAGGGCAAGGAGCAGCCCAUGGACGAGGAGAUGAAGGAGGCUUUCCAGAACGCCUACCAGGAACUGGGAGGACUGGGAGAGAGAGUAUUGGGAUUCUGCCACGUGUUCCUGCCAGAGGACAAGUAUCCAAAAGGUUUUGCCUUUGACGCGGAUGAAGUCAACUUCGAGACGGACAACCUUUGCUUCGUGGGCCUCAUGUCCAUGAUUGACCCUCCCCGUGCAGCCGUGCCUGACGCCGUGGGCAAAUGCCGCUCGGCUGGCAUCAAGGUUAUCAUGGUGACUGGUGACCACCCAAUCACAGCUAAGGCCAUUGCUAAGGGUGUGGGCAUCAUCUCGGAGGGCAACGAGACAGUGGAAGACAUUGCAGCACGCCUCAACAUCCCUGUCAGCCAGGUCAACCCACGAGAUGCGAAAGCCUGUGUGAUCCACGGCACGGAUCUGAAAGACCUCAGUCAGGACCAGAUGGAUGACAUUUUGAGGAACCACACAGAGAUCGUGUUUGCCAGAACCUCCCCACAGCAGAAACUCAUCAUUGUAGAAGGCUGCCAGAGACUGGGUGCCAUCGUGGCUGUGACAGGUGACGGUGUGAACGACUCCCCUGCCCUGAAGAAGGCUGACAUCGGGGUUGCCAUGGGAAUCUCCGGCUCGGACGUGUCCAAACAGGCAGCCGACAUGAUCCUGCUGGACGACAACUUCGCCUCCAUCGUCACUGGAGUGGAAGAAGGUCGUCUGAUCUUUGACAACCUGAAGAAGUCCAUCGCGUACACUCUGACCAGCAACAUCCCAGAGAUCACCCCCUUCCUCUUCUUCAUCUUGGUCAACAUCCCCCUGCCUCUGGGCACCAUCACCAUCCUCUGCAUUGACCUGGGUACUGACAUGGUACCAGCCAUCUCUCUGGCCUAUGAAGCAGCAGAGAGUGACAUCAUGAAGCGCCAGCCCAGAAACCCACUGAGGGACAAACUGGUCAACGAGAGACUCAUCAGCAUCGCCUACGGACAGAUCGGUAUGAUCCAAGCUCUUGGCGGCUUCUUCGCAUAUUUUGUCGUCUUGGCAGAAAAUGGUUUCCGGCCGUAUGAUCUUGUCGGCAUCCGGCUCAACUGGGACGAUCGCUCCAACAACGACCUGGAGGACAGCUACGGGCAGCAAUGGACCUAUGAGCAGCGUAAGAUAGUGGAGUUCACUUGCCACACAGCCUUUUUCGUCAGUAUCGUGGUGGUGCAGUGGGCGGACGUCAUCAUCUGCAAGACCAGGCGUAACUCUGUGUUCCAGCAGGGCAUGAGGAACAAGAUUUUGAUCUUCGGCCUGUUUGAGGAAACGGCCCUGGCUGCUCUCCUGUCUUACUGCCCAGGCAUGGACGUGGCACUACGGAUGUACCCGCUCAAGCCCAGCUGGUGGUUCUGUGCGUUCCCGUACAGUUUCCUCAUCUUUGUUUACGAUGAGAUCCGAAAACUCAUCCUUCGCCGAAACCCAGGAGGCUGGGUGGAAAGAGAAACAUACUACUAAAUUAUCAAAACAUCAUUUACUUCUCAGCCGUUCUCCAACCCUUCUUCUCGUUCUCCCUCUCUUUCCUCCUUCCCUCCUUCCCUCCCCUCUCAACAACUGUUCAAGAAAAUAACCUUUACUCCUCCUCCUCUCCAUCACCAUCCCUUAAAGUUAGAAAAAAACAACAAAACAACGCGCGGACCAACAACAGAGGAGGAGAGGGUUAGGGUCUGUCCCUGUCCUCUCUGUCCCUGUCCUCUCUGUCCCUCUGUCCUCCUGUGUUAUCCAAAGUCUAAACAGCACACGUCUGCCAGUAGCACUGAUGAGCCAAUCGGAUAAGUGCACUGUGAGCCGCGGCCCCUCUGCAUACAUGUCCUCAAACUGCAUAAAGAAUAUGAGACAAGUAAAAAAACGAUUCCUAAGUGGCGAUUAGAGGGUGGUCUCUCUUUAGUUUUCCUGCCAGAGAGAAGCCACCCAGAUGCCGCUCCUAAAUCUCUGCCAUUUCCUGCCAUGCUCCAUCCCUUCCUCUCCUCUCUUUCUCCUUAUACGUACGCACUGCCAAUCUACUACUGCCGUUCUCCCUCCUCCUCCUCCUCCUCCUCCUCCUCCUCCUCCUCCUCCUGCCCAUCAAUAAAGAAUCAAUCUCACUAUAAAACUUUACUCACGCCCUCAACAAGGUGGACAAAAAGCUCACUUCCUCUGCCCCAUUCCCUGUCUCCCUUCCUCCCCCCCAUGUGUUAUUUGUUGUUGUUUUCUAUUAGACGACUGGGUGUUUUUUAAGAAAUUGUUCCUAAAAGUUUUUUUUUUAAAGUUUGGAGUGGGUCUGGAGAGCUGCUCGUUUUCAUUCAGACAUGACAAAGCACACUGUCUCUCCCUCUCUUCUUUCUCUCUCACACCCUGACUGCCCCUCCCUCCUCACCCUGCCUGUUUAUCUGUCCCUGUCUGUCUGUUGGUGAACACCGUGCAAACCCUCCGUCCUUGUGAACCUCCACCCACUUUGAAUACCUGCCUCCUCUUAUUCUCCCACCCUUCCUCCCCCCUGCCCGCACCCCCUCUCUUUCCUCAAACCCACCCCCCCAACCUCAACCGUGUUUAAAAAUUACAAUCUUACUGUGUCCUCGGAAAAAGAGAAAUCUCUCUGAUUUCAUUAUUUAAAUCAGUGGAAAUAUAGAAUAAGGCACUGUACCUUAAAGGUGGGGUAGGUAAGUUUGAGAAACCGGCUCGAGAUACACUUUUUGUUAUAUUCCAUGGAAUGCUCUUAACAU